CCUGGGAACGGGGGCUGGCAAUGGGGCGUGCGCGGGGGCUGCUGGGACGGGGGAGGGCGGGCUCCCCGGCGGCCAUGUUGAGUGUGGCAGGGAGGGCGGAAAGGCCCGCGCGCUCCCGGCCCGCCGUGAUUGUCAGCGUUGUCACCGUCCCCGCCGCUCCCGGGACCCGAGGUUGGAGGCUGCUGGCUGUUUCAGCCCUUGAGGCACUGCAGGGAGUGCAGAAGCCCACCCCACCAGGCAGAGUGGCUCGGCCCUGGCAGCCUGUGCACCAUGUCCCUCCGCGAGCACGCACUGUCCCUGUUCCGUGGCGCUCUGGGCACCGUGCGCCCCGCUCCCAUGCUGAGGAGGGCUCUGAAGCUCCAGGGAGAUGGGUGCCCUCAGCUGCUGGUGAAGGGCCAGGCCUUUCCACUGAAGAGGGACCUGUACCUGGUGGGUUUUGGAAAAGCUGUGCUGGGGAUGGCUGCAGCAGCAGAAGAGAUCCUGGGAGACCACCUCACUCGGGGGAUUAUCAAUGUGCCGCUGGGGAUCCAGGAGAGCCUGCAGCGAGCAGGAAUGCAGGAGAUGCUGCUGAAGCCACACAGCAGAAUCCAGGUCAUCGAAGGUGCCAAGAACAACCUCCCAGAUGCAGAGGCUCUGAAGGGAGCAGUUGCUAUCCAGGAGCUGGCUGAGGGUCUGACUGCAGAUGACCUGCUCCUUGUGCUCAUCUCAGGGGGUGGAUCAGCCCUACUGCCUGCUCCCAUCCCUCCCAUCCUCCUCGAGGAGAAGGAGAAACUCACAAAGAUGCUGGCUUCCCGAGGAGCUGCCAUACAGGAGCUGAACAUUGUCCGGAAGACUCUGUCCGUGCUGAAGGGUGGAGGGCUGGCCCAGCUGGCACAUCCUGCACGGGUGGUGAGUCUCAUCCUGUCUGACGUGAUAGGUGACCCCCUGGACAUCAUAGCGAGUGGCCCCACUGCUGCCAGCUCCCACAGUGUCCAAGACUGCCUUCAGAUACUCACCAAAUACAACCUGCUGCACGACCUGCCCAAGUCAGUGGAAAUGGUCCUCUCCAGCUCUCCCACCAAGCCCACUGCUCCAGAAAACUACUCCCACGUUUCCAACAUCAUCCUUGGGUCCAACACGGUGGCUCUGGAAGAGGCCAGACGCCAGGCUGAGGGGCUGGGCUAUGCAGCUCUGCUCCUGAGUGCAGCAGUCCGUGGGGAGGUGGGCCGUGUUGCCACGCUGUACUGCCAGCUGAUCCAGCUGGUCUGCCUGGCCUUCGCCAGCCUCGGAGAAGGGCCCCUGGGGGACCAGCUGAGGGGCAAUGUCCUGCAGCUGGCAGCAGAGCUGCAGAUCCCAGGUUUGGACCUGAAGGAGUUCCUGCAGGCCCUGCGAGGGUUAGGGCCUGACAGACCAGUCUGCAUCCUGGCUGGAGGAGAAACCACGGUCCAGCUCCAGGGAACCGGCAAGGGAGGCAGAAACCAGGAGCUGGCCCUGCGUGUGGGGCUGGGGCUGCACCAGGCUCAGGCCACAGGAGCCAGCAGCCCCCAGGGGAGCUGUGAGAUCCUCUUCCUCAGUGGGGGGACAGACGGACAGGAUGGGCCAACGGAGGCAGCAGGAGCCUUCUGCAGCCCAGGGCUGGUGGCUGAGGCGCUCCAGGAGGGCCUGGAUGUGGAGGCCUUCCUCAGGAACAAUGACUCCUACACGUUCUUCAGCCAGUUCCAAGGUGGGCAUCACCUCCUGGUGACAGGCUUGACAGGCACCAACGUCAUGGACAUCCAGGCCAUUUUAAUUAGAGCCAUGGAGAGAUCAUGAGAGCUCCCUCUGCAGACACCCAGAUGCACUUAAUUAGGAGCAGGAGUAAAUUAAAGCACCAAUGCUGCAGACAAAUGCAAACUACUUAAAUUAGGGCUCACUGUUGAGGCUGCUAGUGUCUUUGACAAAAAGAAUCCACUAAUUAGACACAUGAGUGGACGUCCACAGCAAAAAAAAAACAAGCACUUGUAAUUGGUGGGAUCAGAGGAAGGUAAAAGGUCACAUUACAAACAAGGAGACUGGAUUUAAGGCUUGCUUCAGAUAUAGUUAAUUUAAGAGACGUGGGGAAGCUGAGGCCAUGUCAGGGCUACCACAGAGAGCCCUUGCUGCACUGUUGCACCUCCAGUGCCCCUAGCACAAGAGCAGCUCAGCAGUGGGGUUUUAGGGGUCCACUGCAGCAAAUUGCAGUGACUGAAGGAUAUAAAAGCAGUAAGAGCAAGGCCUGCUCACCUGAAGCAUGGAGCUGCUGGGGGGAUGUGGUGGGAAGGGGACACCCAGCACCUGCUCCACAGGCCAGCACAGUGCCCUACAGCUCUUCCCACACCAGGGUACUGAGAUGACAGAGACCAGGCCCAGCAGGAUGCACACCCAGGAGUGUGGCUAGGAAGCACGUUGGCAGAGAGAAGUUCAUGAUACUGGCUGGGUGACACAAGCAGUGCAUAGUGACAAAGAGGAUGACAUACCUUCACUGCACAGUGUAAGGAUGGGGAUGAAUGAAGUGCAGUGGCAAGCCAGCUGUGUGGAGUCCUCCUCCAGCCUCCUUCCUCCACAGUAACAUCUUCCCUGCUGGUGCCUGUUGGGAGAGCCUGUGUGCCAGCAGCAUGCAUGCUAUGAGCUUUCAUGGUGCUGUUUUCCAGCUGCCUAGAAAACUGUCGUGCAUCCAGCCUGAGCCACUGACCUUUCCUCUGCACUGAGGCAGAAGUCGCUGUCAUUCUGAUUAACUCUGCUAAUUCCACAGAACAAAAGACAAGGAAACCUUCAUGCUCAGCUCUCCUGACCCAUGCUGCUGAGCUGAUCAAAGGGCAUAUCUGCCCGAGCUGUGCUCUGACAGGGAGCUGCUCCCCCACAUGCACGAGGACACAGUGGUUAUCACGUUUUUGUCACCUACUGCAGUGUGGUAUGUGGGAGAGCAGAGAUGAGCUUGGUUUCCCAGGACAUGGAGCUCACAGUGGGGCUGGAUUUCAGGAGGGCUUUGCCUGCAGCAACAGGCACACUGACGGUUUGGCUGGGUAUUCAAAGGGCUUUAGCUCAGCAGCCAGUAUGACCCAGCACGUCCAACUCCUUUUGAAUAUCCGUCUGUUUGUUACAGAGCCUAAGUGGGAGCUGAGCUCCUUUGAAAAACCAGCUCUAAUGUAAUAGGACACGCUUGACUCAGACUCUUUCCAGACAGACCGACCUACUCCGUGUGGCUGAUCUCAUCUCGUGACAUAAAUACACCGUUGUGCCAACACCCUGUGGUGUCUCACUGAACAGUCACUUGUUCUGCACCCCGCUUCAAGGUGGAUCACAGGGUGGGGUUCUGAGGAGGAUGCAAAACCUCCUAUUUUGGUUUUGAAGCCAGUAUCUAACAAGUAGGGAUAUCAGCAGGACCAUCAUGGGGCCUGGUGUCGAUGCCAGGCUGGCAGCUGGACUGUCUGGGCUACAGCCCAGGCUCAGAAUAAGGCACAACCCUGGGAAUUUCAAAACCCCAGUCUUGCCUGGUGGUUUAAACUCAUCCACGCAUCUCAUUUGUCCUCAGAGUCUGAAGGUCUUUUGUAACAUGCCUGAACUUGCUCACAGUGGCAAACAGCUCUGAGAUCUGCUGGGGAAAAUCUGCCAAGCGUUACAGAGCUCGCUGUGCCCCCGUAAUGUCAGGGGGUGGUUGUGCAGGAGAAGCUGCUUUGUGCCGGGUGUUUUUCUCCAGAGGUCGCUGGCAGGUCGCCUGCUCCGUGCCCAGCAGGGCAGCUCCAUGGGCACUAACAUGGGCAGUGAUACAGCCACAAGUAUGGGCUGCAGCCAGGACAACUGGGUAAAGCUGGCUCCACAACGUUCUGAGCCCUCCCUGGGCCAUGCUGCUGCCUCCACAACGUGCUGAGCCCUCCCUGGGCCGUGCUGCUGCUCCACAACGUGCUGAGCACUCCCUGGCCCAUCCUGCUGGCUCCACAACGUUCUGAGCACUCCCUGGCCCAUCCUGCUGGCUCCACAACCUGCUGAGCUCUCCCUGGCCAUCCUGCUGCUCCACAACGUGCUGAGCCCUCCCUGGGCCGUGCUGCUGAUCCACAACAUGCUGAGCACUCCCUGGCCCAUCCUGCUGGCUCCACAACGUUCUGAGCACUCCCUGGCCCAUCCUGCUGGCUCCACAACGUGCUGAGCUCUCCCUGGCCAUCCUGCUGCUCCACAACGUUCUGAGCACUCCCUGGCCAUCCUGCUGGCUCCACAACGUUCUGAGCACUCCCUGGCCCAUCCUGCUGGCUCCACAAUGUGCUGAGCUCUCCCUGGCCAUCCUGCUGCUCCGCAACGUUCUGAGCACUCCCUGGGCCAUCCUGCUGGCUCCACAACGUUCUGUACCCUCCCUGGGCCAUCCUGCUGGCUCCACAAUGUUCUGAGCCCUCCCUGGGCCAUCCUGCUGGCUCCACAACGUUCUGAGCCCUCCCUGGGCCAUGCUGCUGGCUCCACAACGUUCUGAGCACUCCCUGGGCCAUGCUGCUGGCUCCACAGCAUGCUGAGCACUCCCUGGGCCAUGCUGCUGGCUCCACAACGUUCUGAGCCCUCCCUGGGCCAUCCUGCUGGCUCCACAACGUUCUGAGCACUCCCUGGGCCAUCCUGCUCCAGUGGAAUGCAGAGUGACUCUGCUUUCAGGCUGGGGUGCCUGGCAGAAGGGUCACUCCAGCAGGAGUUCAGUGUGCCAGCCUGGGCACACUGCCACAGGGCCACCAUAAACCCCUGCCCACAGCUCUGCCACACUGCUGAGCACCACCCUGGACUUGGAGCUGCUGCUUGUGCUGCCUCCCAGUCAGUUCCAGAGGAUCUUGGGCUAGUGCUGGCUGGCUUCUCCUGGGAAAUGCCUACUCCAGGUAGCCCAAGCAGUGUCCUUGCUUCCUGAAUGGUGGCUUUUCAUAACAAAUAAAGAGUGUGUGUUGGGGAGGAGAGAAGUCUAAUAAAAGGUUUCUUGAAAGGA